UGCAUUCCAAUAUCUUCAUCUUCAUCAUGUUGACUUCUUCUUCUUCUUCUUCUUCUUCUUCUUAUUUUCUCCAUUGUAACUUCAGCCAAUUUUGACUCUCUGAUCAACAAUCUCUCUCUCUAUUUUCAUCUCUAGAUUCUGUUAUUCUACCUGGGUUUGCAGUUUAUCAACCGAUCGUUUGACUUUGAAGUUGAAUUAUCGAUUUUUUUCGACGAAAAUGGUGAAUUCUAUGGUAGCAAGAGCCACAAAUAACAUGCUUAUGGGCCCAGAUUGGGCUAUGAACCUUGAGAUAUGUGAUGUUUGUAACCGUGAUCCUGUGCAAGCUAAAGAUGUCGUUAAAGGAAUAAAGAAACGUUUAGGAAGCAGGAAUCCGAAAAGUCAGCUUCUUGCUUUAACACUAUUGGAAUCGGUUGUGAAGAAUUGCGGCGAUGUUGUUCAUCUGAAUGUAGCCGAAAGAAACUUGCUUCACGAUAUGAUCAAAAUUGUGAAGAAAAAGAAGCCUGAUUAUCAUGUAAAAGAGAAGAUAUUAAUUCUAAUCGACACUUGGCAAGAAGCUUUCGGAGGAGAAAGGGGAAGAUAUCCGCAGUACUACGUCGCAUACCUUGAAUUACUGCGUUUAGGGGUAACGUUUCCAGAGAAAUCUGCGAGAGAAGGACCCGUUUUGACACCACCACAAACACACCCGAUAACAUCGGUUCCAUAUAAUCCGCAACAUCCAGAAAACGAAAAUGAAACGCGUGUGCAUACUGCAGAGGCUGAUUUUCCAACUUUGAGUUUGACAGAAAUGCAAAAUGCGCGCGGGGUCAUGGAUGUCCUCGCAGAAAUGUUGACUGCAGUUGACCCAACAAAGAAAGAGGGACUUAGGCAAGAGGUUGUUGUAGACUUGGUCGAGCAAUGUCGUACAUACAAGAGAAGAUUGGUGCACCUGGUUAACUCAACUUCGGAUGAAUCACUAUUAUCUCUCGGAUUAGCUCUUAACGAUGAUUUACAACGAGUCCUAGCCAAACAUGAAGCACUUCUUACAACAACUCACGUAGUUUCAUCCGAAAAGUCAAAUGCUGAAAAGUCAACUCCAGAAACUAGUCGCGCAAUAGUGCCUGUAACUACUCCUCUUGGUGCAACCGACACCAAACAAGUCGGAUCUACCAGUGGUGCUGCAGAUCAGCCAGAUUUGAUCUCUCUUGCUCCUGCUACAACCAAUGGACAGUCAACGUCUUCUGCAAUAGUCAACUUUGACCUUUUGAGUGGAGAUGAUUUCGACACGUCAACUGCUUCGAAUGCGUUAGCUAUUGUACCGGUGGGUGAAACGCAACCUGCUACUCCUGUAUCUCAACAAAAUGCGUUAGCACUUGUGAGCGUGUUAUCGCCUCAAACGCAACAACCUCGGAAUAUGUCAGCCCGACAAACAUCGUUUUAUCAAAACAGAAAUGUUGCGCAAAAUCAGUCGUGGGCCCCGAACAAUCAAGGGAAUAAUCCCUUUGGUGUUACUAUGAACAACGGUUUACCGCCAGCACCCUGGGAGGCCCCACAUGCCGACAACCAACUAGUAGUCGCCGGAAGUAUGCAAUACUCGCAACCUCAUGGUAUACAAACCCCUGGAAACAUCAAUAUGAACAUUAACAACCAAAUGGGCCAACAAAUUUAUCCUCAACAAAUGGGCCAACAAAUGUAUCCUCAACAAAUGGGCCAACAAAUGUAUCCUCAACAAUUGGGCCAACAAAUGUACACUAAUCAAAUGGGCCAACAAGUGUACGGUAAUCAAGUGGGCCAACAAAUGUACGGUAAUCAAAUGGGCCAACAAGCGUACGGUAAUCAAAUGGGCCAACAAGUGUACGGUAAUCAAAUGGGCCAACAAAUGUACGGUAAUCAAAUGGGCCAACAAAUGUACGGUAAUCAAAUGGGCCAACAAAUGUAUGGUAAUCAAAUGGGCCAACAAAUGUAUGGUAAUCAAAUGGGCCAACAACAAAUGUACAAUAGCCAAAUGGGCCAACAAAUGUACAAUAAUCAAAUGGGCCAGGCCUAUGGUUAUGGGCCCAUAUCCGUAUAUGGGCAACAACAAAAUGGACAAUAUAUUGGCAAGAGCAUGCCAGGGAUGCCGGUGAGAGACGACAACUUUCUAACAAGCACUGUUUACACGGGCCCUUCGAUGGCGAAUGCAUCUUACGUGCACGUGUCAAAGACUCAAAAGUCAGAGGAUAAGCUGUUUGGAGACCUGGUUGACUUUUCAAAAGUCAAACCUAAGAAAAUGACUCCUGGUAUAGGUGAGAGAGUGUGACCCGAUCGGCUUGGUUUGUAUUUUGCAAGAUUUUUUUUCGCUUUUAUUUGUAUGUAUGUAUAUUUCGGGUUCUUUUUUACGUAUAUUUGUAGAAUUAUAAUAAAACCGUGUUUAUUUUUUUAUUAAAUAAAUAAAUAAAACGCGUUUUCAUGUGAGAAAA